UAUCGAGUGGCUUCACAGCUGACACUUCAUCUUAUACCUAUAAUCAUUGAGUAUGCUCAAUAUAAUUUCCUAUGUGAUCCAUCAACAACAACAUCAUCAUCGAUAUCAAUGUCACAACAGGAUAGUUCAGCGUUAAUUCAGAUGUUUGACAAAAGAGCCCAUUUACGCCUUUCAAUUAAUGUUGCCAUAGAAUGCUUAAAUCGUGCUAUUGGUAAGUGA